CACCUCGCCUCCAACGCCGCUAACGCCGUCGGGGCGCUGGUGGCCGGUCUGCGCCGCGGUCUCGGUGACCAUGAGCGGCAGCGGGGUACGGGGAGCGGCAGCCGAGCGGGAGGAGUUCGUGAACUUCUUCCCGCAGAUCGUCCGCGACCUGACGGAGGACGGCUUGGGGCAUCCAGAGGUGGGCGACGCCGUGGCCCGGCUGAAGGAGGUGCUGGAGUACAACGUGCCAGGCGGGAAGUGCAACCGCGGGCUGACGGUGCUGGCCGCCUUCCGGGAGCUGGCGGCCCCCGGGCAGCAGGACCCGGAGAGCCUCCGGUGCGCCUUGGCCGUCGGCUGGUGCAUCGAGCUGUUCCAAGCCUUUUUCCUGGUGGCUGAUGACAUCAUGGAUGCGUCCCUCACCCGCCGGGGGCAGCUCUGCUGGUAUAAGAAGGAGGGGAUCGGUCUGGAUGCCGUCAACGAUGCCUUUCUCCUCGAGUCAUCUGUCUACAGGCUGCUGAAGAAGUACUGUGGGGAGCGCCCCUACUACCUGAGCCUGCUGGAGCUUUUCUUGCAGACUGCCUACCAGACCGAGCUUGGGCAGAUGCUGGACCUCAUCACCGCUCCUGUUUCUCAGGUGGAUUUGAAUCGCUUCAGUGAGCAGAGGUAUAAGGCAAUUGUUAAGUACAAGACGGCAUUCUACUCCUUCUACCUGCCCGUGGCCGCUGCCAUGUACAUGGCUGGUAUUGACAGUAAGGAGGAGCAUGACAAUGCCAAAGCGAUCUUGCUGGAGAUGGGUGAAUUCUUUCAGAUCCAGGAUGAUUACCUGGACUGCUUUGGGGACCCGGAGCUGACGGGCAAGGUUGGCACUGAUAUCCAGGACAAUAAGUGCAGCUGGCUGGUGGUGGAGUGUCUGCGUCGGGUCACACCAGACCAGAGGUGGAUCCUGGAGGAGAACUAUGGCUGUAAGGAGCCUGAGAAGGUGGCAAAGGUGAAGGAGCUCUAUGAAUCUCUGGGCAUGAGGGCUGCUUUUCAGGAGUAUGAGGAGAGCAGCUAUCAGCGCCUGCAGGAGCUGAUCAAAAAGCAUGCCAACCGCCUCCCCAAGGAGAUCUUUCUUGGCCUAGCUCAGAAGAUUUACAAGCGCCAGAAGUGAUGGUGGGCCUGCCUGUGGACUGCUUGCUCUUUGCUAAGGGGGC